ACCAUGAGCCUUGGAGGGCUGGGCAGGGCCUUGUCUCCUGGUGCCUCCCAGAACCCAGCACGGGGCAGGGCCGGCUGGGCACUGAGUCUGGGCAAGCUCCGUCCCUCUCGGGGUUUCACUUGCCCCUUUUGCAGCGUGUGGGGACCAUGUGUGACCUGGGCCAGCCCCUGACCUCCCUGAGCUGCAGCCUCCGCAUCUGGGGCCCCUGGGGUUUUCCAUGCAGGGAGUUGUGAGUGUGUGUGCAAAGCUCGGGCACCGUGGCACUCAGCAAACGCUGGGGGCAUUCUUUUGCCCUUCAGUUUCCUCCCUUCUCUGAGAAGCGCACCUGGUGCCCACGAACGUGAGCACUGGGCAUUUGGCCAGUCACAGAGUGGCCACCUGGUUCUCCACACACCUUCUGGCACCCCCACUGUGCUGCGUUGUCACGGAGGGCCUCCUGGCUUCCUUCAGCCCACCUGAGGCCCACAGGGACCAAGCAUCCUUGCAAAGCCUUGCAGCCCACCUGGGCAGACUGAAGAAGAACCUAGAAGCCUGAACAGGCUGGGGCUGGAAGAAUCAUUCCAGGCGCCGGGGCCCCUGUGAAAGGAGGCUUUCGGGUGGUUUCUGCUUUGCUUGCAUUGAGCUUCAAACUCUUCCUGUCCCGUGAGAAGGGGGGAUGGGAUUUGGAGGCCUGAGGAAGGAAGGAGGGGAGCUUCCUGCGCACAGGCGGCGGCAGGGGUUUGCAGAAGUGGAGGCUGGGGGCUGGGGACCGCCUGGCUGAGUGCUCGCCGCCCUGCACAGCGGGCUGGCGGGCAGGAUGCAUCGGGAAGCGCCUGUGGGUCCCCUGCGCUGACUGCAGAGCUGGGUGGAGGCAGCGGAAGCAAAACUGCUGUGUCACUGCACGCGGCAGCUGUUGCCAGGGUGACCGGCUCAGCUCACCCAUGAACCCCGUCAGCAGCAGCGAGGACAUCAAGCCUCCCCUGGGCCUCAAUGGCGUCCUCAAGGUCCCCGCCCACCCCUCAGGAAACAUGGCAUCCUUCACCAAGCACAUCUGCGCCAUCUGUGGGGACCGCUCCUCAGGCAAGCACUACGGCGUGUACAGCUGUGAGGGCUGCAAGGGCUUCUUCAAGCGGACGGUGCGCAAGGACCUGACCUACACCUGCCGUGACAACAAGGACUGCCUGAUUGACAAGCGGCAGCGGAACCGGUGCCAGUACUGCCGCUACCAGAAGUGCCUGGCCAUGGGCAUGAAGCGGGAAGCCGUGCAGGAGGAGCGGCAGCGUGGCAAGGACCGGAACGAGAACGAGGUGGAGUCAACCAGCAGCGCCAACGAGGACAUGCCCGUGGAGAGGAUCCUGGAGGCCGAGCUGGCUGUGGAGCCCAAGACCGAGACCUACGUGGAGGCCAACGUGGGGCUAAACCCCAGCUCGCCGAACGACCCUGUCACCAACAUCUGCCAAGCAGCCGACAAGCAGCUGUUCACCCUGGUGGAGUGGGCCAAGCGCAUCCCGCACUUCUCAGAGCUGCCCCUGGACGACCAGGUCAUCCUGCUGCGGGCAGGCUGGAACGAGCUGCUCAUCGCCUCCUUCUCCCACCGCUCCAUCGCCGUGAAGGACGGGAUCCUCCUGGCCACCGGGCUGCACGUCCACCGGAACAGUGCCCACAGCGCAGGGGUGGGCGCCAUCUUUGACAGGGUGCUGACGGAGCUUGUGUCCAAGAUGCGGGACAUGCAGAUGGACAAGACGGAGCUGGGCUGCCUGCGCGCCAUCGUCCUCUUCAACCCCGACUCCAAGGGGCUCUCGAACCCAGCCGAGGUGGAGGCGCUGAGGGAGAAGGUCUACGCGUCCCUGGAGGCCUACUGCAAACAGAAGUACCCAGAGCAGCCGGGAAGGUUUGCCAAGCUCUUGCUCCGCCUGCCGGCUCUGCGCUCCAUUGGGCUCAAGUGCCUGGAACAUCUCUUCUUCUUCAAGCUCAUUGGGGACACGCCCAUCGACACCUUCCUCAUGGAGAUGCUGGAAGCCCCACACCAAAUGACUUAGGCCUGCGGGACCGUCCUUCGCGCCCGCCCGGUCCGGCCACCCCGCCUGGACGCAGCUGCUCUUCUCAGCCUGAGCCCUGUCCCUGCCCUUCUCUGCCUGGCCUGUUUGGACUUUGGGGUGCAGCCUGUCACUGCUCUGCCUAAGAGAUGUGUUGUCACCUCCUU